AUGGAUUCGGAACUCAAACAAAGAAGCCUGGCUCUGAAUAUCUUGGAGCCAUGUAUCCUUGUUAUAAUGACAAUGGUGUGCCUGAUUGGAAACUGCCUGACAUGCACAGCUGUGUACAGGAACGAAAGGCUUCGUACCUCCACAAACAUCUACCUGAUUUCUUUAGCUAUCAGUGAUAUUAUCAACGCUACCAUCGUAAUGCCUUUGACUGUGGGUGUCCUUAUUAUAGGGGAAUGGCCAUACGGCGAGGCAGUCUGCGAUUUCCACGCCUUCUUCACCCUGUUUUCUGUUUACGUAUCCCCAACCACGAUGGGACUGACGGCCUUCAACAGAUACGUCCGCGUCGCUAAGCCUCAACACUACCCACAAAUCUUUACUGAUGCUCGGUCAAAAAUAUAUGUCGCUGCGGUUUGGCUGACUGUCGCCGGGUACGUUUCAAUUCCCAAGAUGGCUGGCUGGACCGAAUAUGGCUUCUUUGCUGGGUAUGCCGUUUGCACAACUGUGCAACCCACAGAAACUAUGAAAACAGUUCAUUAUAGCAUCGUUGUCUGUUUUUUCUUUCUUCUUCCACUUGGAGUUGCAUCAGUUUCCUACUUCAAGGUCUUCAAGAAAAUAAAACAUCAUAAUCUGAACAUGGCUUCAACGGCCCAAGCCGAGGACAGGGAAAAUCGACUGACCGUCAAAGAGAUCAAGGUUACCAAAUCGCUCGCCAUUGUUGUGUUCGCCUUCGCACUGUGUUGGAUUCCAUUUUGGAUCAUUGUGGUGAUACAGCGCUUCGCUUCUGAUGUCGUCGUUCCACGUAACAUCCAACUGCUUUGUCCCUUUUUGAUGUUCUUCUCGAGCACUAUAAACCCAUUUAUAUAUGCUGGCAUGAAUCCCUCAUUCCGCGCCGAGUUUCGUCGAAUUUUGCUCUGCAAAGUGAAGUCAUUACAAGUGUGUAAAGAGCUCCGCGGUUCCAAAGACCUUGAUUUAAAGAAAAUAUCGGCGGGGAGCGACCGUGGAGUUGGAUAUCAGGAAGAAGAGGGGGGUACUUCAGUCACAAACGUUUAA